AUGACAUAUCUUAAAAAUGUGAAAGAAAUACAACGGCACAAUAAACGCUAUGAACGUGAUGAAGAAACAUACGAAUUAGCUAUCAAUCAUUUAACUGAUAUGCUCCCCGAAGAAUUUAACAAACUUCGUGGCUUUCAUUCACAAAAAAUAAAAUUAAGUGAUUUCGAAAAUGUUGCUUACAUGAAAAUUGACGAACCUUUACCAGAAAAUGUCGAUUGGCGUGAAAAAGGUGCUGUAAGUGAAGUAAAAGAACAGCUCCCCGAAGAAUUUAACAAACUUCGUGGCUUUCAUUCACAAAAAAUAAAAUUAAGUGAUUUCGAAAAUGUUGCUUACAUGAAAAUUGACGAACCUUUACCAGAAAAUGUCGAUUGGCGUGAAAAAGGUGCUGUAAGUGAAGUAAAAGAACAGGGAUUAUGUGGAAGUUGCUGGACAUUCAGUGCAGCAGGUGCAUUAGAAGGACAAAAUUUUUUAAAAACUGGUAAACUGGUUAAUCUUUCGGAGCAGAAUAUUCUCGAUUGCAGUGAUGAUAGCUACGGUAAUUAUGGAUGCGACGGUGGUUUGAUGAUGAAUGCUUUUAAAUAUGUAAGAGAAAAUGAUGGAAUUGAUACGGAAGAAUCAUAUCCAUAUGAAGGUUAUCAAGCUCAAUGUCGAUAUUCAAAUGAAUCUCGCGGUGCAACAGCUUAUGAUGCCAAAUUAUUACCUUGGGGUGAUGAAUUGCAAUUACAAGCAGCGGUUGCAUCUAUUGGGCCAAUAUCUGCUGCUAUUAAUUCAGGAUUGAUACGGUUUUACAAAAAAGGUAUUUUCUCAAGCUUGAAAAUGCCAAAAAACUGUUGAUCAUGCUGUACUUGUUGUUGG